AUGGCAAUCAAGACCGUCGCAGUCGUGGGCGCAUCAGGUUUGGUAGGUGCGCGUGUGGUGGAAGCUCUUCAGGCAGCCAACUUUGACGUCACGGCCGUGACGCGUGAAGAGUCCAAGGCGACAUUUCCCUCCAAUGUGGCGGUGCGCCGCGCCGACCUGUCUUCGGUCGAGUCGCUGACUGCCGCGUUUGCCGGCCAAGAUGCCGUGGUCUCUGCCGUAUCGACAGUCUUUGCCGUCAUUCCCGGCGCGCAGAACCCCAUGAUUGAUGCAGCUGUGGCUGCGGGUGUCAAACGCUUCAUCCCUUCGGAAUACGGCCUCAACACUAGAAAACUUCAAGGAGAGAUUCUAGGAGACUGGCUAAAGGCAAAGACAUCUGCGGUUGACUAUUUGAUCGAGAAGGCGCAAUCGAAUCCAAGCUUUACCUGGACUGGUAUUGGUACUAGUCUCUUCUUUGACUGGAGUCUCACGCGCGGCAUCUAUGGAAUCUCAUUCAAGGAUAAGACUGCAACAAUCUUUGAUUCGGGCAAUCAGAAGAUCUCGACGACCAGUUUAGCCUUCCUUGCCAAGACGGUUGCUGCAGUCUUGCAGCACGAUGACAAGACCGCCAAUCAGUACAUUGACGUGAUUGAGUUUACCGUGACGCAGAACCAGGUGCUAGAGGCUAUCGAGGCUGAGAUGGGGACCAAGUUUACAGUCACACACGAAUCAACUAAUGAGGCGGAGAAGAGAGGACACGAAAAAUUGGCUAGAGGCGACCAAUACUUUCCCUUUGUGGAUUUCUUGAUUGCCUAUUGGUUUAGAGAUGGGCCUGGACAUGCUAUCAAGGAAGAGGACAAAGCCAACAAGACUUUGGGUCUGCCACAAAGUGAUUUGAGGGCUGUUGUCAAGGAGUAUCUUCAGACUUUGUAA